UUUUACAAUAAGUCAUGCCGCUUUUUAUGAAAAAAUUUGAAUCAAAACCCAUACCAGCUCGCUCGGCCCGCUGUAAUAUUAGCUGUCCGGCCAUAAGUGAGGACAUAGAUGAUUUUCAAAAUAUUUCACUUAAUUUGGGCAAUAAAGAGUUGCGCUUCGCCGAUGGUAUUUGGAUACAUUCUACGCGUAAAUCGGACACUGAUAACAUCGUGCGCUUGAAUCGGCGUUUGAAAACUCUUGAAGAAGAGAACAAUAUGUGCAAUUUAAAAAUGGAAAUCUUCUUGGACCUGUUGGCUGAGCAAACAAAUGAAUUGAAUGCUCUUAAGUCGAGAGAUAAAUAAAUUUUGUUGUUGUUUUUUUUACCC